AUGCCGUUGAUCACUCCCCACAUCUUCGACAUCCCCUACACAACCCGCCCUGUCCCCCGAGAUCUGAUCCCCAUCGUGUCCACGACGCCCUCCGAGGCGGCUGCUGAGGUGGCGGUUGAGACGCCCGCGGCGACGGCUACCAAUAUCAAUGACGCCGACCACGAAAAGAUACACAUCCUCUGGGUGGGCUGUAGCGACAGCUCCAUCCUCGAAACGGAUGUGCUCGAUGUUCCCCGCGACGAGAUGUUCGUGCACCGGAAUCUGGGCCACGUGCUUAGCAAUGGAGAUUUAAGUACCCUAAGUGCGCUCGAGUGGUGCGUGGAACUGCUUAAGGUAGAUCACAUCGUUGUCUGCGGACAUCACGGCUGUUCCCUGGUGCCCGGCGAGGAGACCAGCACCGUGAAUAUGUGGUACAAAGACGCGGCAAAAUUACACGACCUCAACUCCCAACAGCUCUCAGAAGAAAACCCCGCGCUCGACGAGAAGACGCUCCGCCGGAGAUUCGAAGAGAGAUACGUGUUGGCUGAGGUGGCGUGGCUGAAGCGGCAGCCCAAGGUGAAGAAGGCGAUGGAGGAGAGAGGGAUGCAGGUCUACGCUUUCGUCUACGAUGAUGAUCAGGGAGAUUGUGUGCAGCUGAUUCCAAGUAGAGAGGGGCUAACGAACGAUAUACAAGAGGGCUACGAUAAUGGUCUUGUAGGACACGAGUUCUAG